CCCCGAAACAAUGGAGGGCUACUACCACUCCAACAUCCAUAUGCCGGCUCCGCUUGGGUCUCCGGAGAUGAAGGAGAAGCGCGAGGACGGGGCUUCCAGUCUUAGGGCUGAGAGACCCGUGGCCGGUAGCAAAAGCCACUUCGUUGAACCCAAAGGUAAUUGGUGCGUUCAGUUUCGACAUUCCAACCACGCAUUUGACUCACUUUUCCUUUCGAAAUUCACAGAGGAGGCCAAGAAUCCGAGGAAGUUCUACGUCCUCCUUCCAGUGCGGGUCGUUGUCAUCCUCAUUUCCCUCUAUUUCUUCAUUUGUUCCCUCGAUCUCCUGGCCGUUUCCUUCCGGCUGCUCGGCGGGAAGGCCGCAGAUAAACAAAUGGUUAUUCAUCACGACGAAGGUGAGAUAUUUUCGGACGCGGAAUUGCUGCAGAAUCCAGUCGUGGGGCUUGUGAUCGGAAUCCUGGCCACGGUCCUCGUCCAGAGCUCCUCCACAUCCACCUCCAUCAUCGUUUCUUUGGUUACUGCCGGAAUCAUAAGAGUCCGCCAGGCGAUUCCGAUGGUCAUGGGGGCCAACAUCGGGACAUCGAUCACGAACACGAUCGUCUCCAUGAGCCAAAUCGGGAACCGCGACGACUUCCGCCGAGCCUUCAGCGGCGCCACCAUCCACGACAUGUUCAACUGGCUCUCCGUCGUCGUCCUCCUCCCCGUCGAAAUCACCACUCGUGAGUGUGUGUGUGGGGGGGAGGGAUUCCGUAGGAUUAUGGAUCAAGCAAUCGUCUAUUCUGACUGCGGAUAGCCGAGAUUUCGCUGGCGGCGUCGCGUAUAGUUGAGAUUGACAGCAAGGUGUUGACUGGGUGGGCCGAAAACAAACCCGAGUACGACAAUGCCAGUCUACUCAAGCAUUGUUCGGGACUCGACUCCGACUCAUGCUGCUACUUCUUUUCUGACACGGGGAUGAGCGAUGCUGGUGUGGGUGGGAUUCUUCUUGUAUUGGCUCUCGGCUUGAUGAUAUACUGCCUCCUCACCAUGGUCAACAAGCUCAACCUCAUCCUCCAAGGCCCGUUAGCAGCGGCGACGAAGAAAUACGUGAACGCGGAGCUGCCAGGUGUUCCGUGGUUGACCGGCUACGUCGCCAUCGCCGUGGGGGCCGGCAUGACGUUCCUCGUUCAGUCCAGCUCCGUCUUCACGUCGACCUUGACUCCUCUGGUGGGGAUCGGGGUCAUCUCGCUCGAAAGAAUGUAUCCGUUGACUCUGGGAUCCAACAUCGGUACCACUUCCACGGCGAUCUUGGCCGCUCUGGCAGCCGAUCCUAAAAAAUUGAAAGAGUCACUCCAGGCCGCCUUCUGUCACCUUCUUUUCAACGUCACCGGAAUCUUGCUCUUUUACGUCGUUCCCUUCAUGAGAUUCCCCAUCCCUUUGGCCACGAUUUUGGGCGAGACGACAGCCAAGUAUCGAUGGUUCGCAGCCCUGUACAUAGUCGUCAUGUUCUGCCUCUUUCCCCUCUUCGUCUUCCUUCUUUCCCUCGGCGGUACGUGGGUGUUGGUGGGGUUCGGAGGUCCCUUCCUAUUGGCCCUCAUCGCCGCUGUCGUCAUCAACAUCCUUCAGAGAAAGCGAUCCAACUGGUUGCCUCCGGUCCUCAGGAAUUGGAAUUUCCUGCCCGAGCCCCUUCACAGUCUAGAGCCCUAUGACACCAUCAUGAUGAAACUCCCCUGCUGUAGUUUAUGCCGGAUUGCUACGGAGACAUCCGAUGAAAUAGAAAUUCUUCCUUUAUAAAUGACAACCGUAUUUCCGACAUUCAUGCCAUCAAACGCUUUAAUACCCUUGUGGGGCAAUUGCUAUAAGAUCUCAUCCUUUCGGGCCAGGAACACCAGACCCAAUUUUAUUUAUGAUUCUUUGUACAU